UUUUGUUGGCAUUCUAAAAUUUGAUGCAAUUAGUUAUCCAUAUGUUUUUUAAUUUUCCGAGUACGCUUUGGUCUAGUCCUCGUACUCUUGUACACUUUCUUCUUUCUAAUAAAUAGGUGAGGUGUUCCCCGGCCCUUACCCCAAAACCGAAAGGGUUUGGCUCAAUACCGGGACUAAAAAAAAAAAAAAAAAUAUAUAUAUAUAUAUAUAUAUAUAUAUAUAUGACAUGAUAUAUAUUGAAUAACUUAAUCAUAUCCAAUCCGGGGGCAAUUUAUAUCCUACACCCGGAUGUAUAGGUACAUCCGGUAUUUUUGUAAAUAUGUCAACUUCAAGCCUCUGAAUCAGUAUGUUCGUUCCAUCCUUUUCUUCUUCCGCCGCAUUCUCUUUCCUUUCUUCUCUUCCGGCAUUCUCUUUCCUUUCUUCUCUUCCGGCGUUCUCUUUCCUUUCUUUUCUUCCGCCAUCCUCUUUCGGUCUUUCCUUUCUUUUCUAUCUUCUGCAGUUCUGCCGCCAUCCAUUCUGAUUUUUGAUUGUUACGUUUUAAUGUGUUGUCUUCUUUUUUUGUUUUUUUUCUUUACUUUUACUGCUAGCUAUUUUACUUUCAUUAUUUUGUCUUUUACUUUUUUACUUCUUUUCGUUUCUUUAUUUGUUGUUUACUUUUUCUUUUUUAUAUAUUAUACUGAGCACAUUAUAAAUGAGUUUUACCUUAAACUUAAAUGAGUAAAACAGCUAAAAAAUGAACAUACAUAAACAAGCUUUUGAAUUUUUGAAUAUUCAUUUUGUAAAUUAUGCAUAUUCAUUUAGUAUCUCGGUUAUGCUCAUUUUUAAAAUGUUUUAGCAAUGCACAUUUCAAAAGUCUCAUAUUACAUAAGAUUUAUAUAAGAGUUGAUUAUACACACGAGACUACAAAUCUUGAUACUCAAUUGCAGAUUCUAAUACUCAAUAACGGAGGUUUGAUGCUCACCGAAAAUGUCUUGAUGCUCAACGAAUAAAACUUGCAAUUUUCAUAUCAAUGCUCAUCUUGUAAAUUACAUAUGCUCAUUUGUAUAGGUCUGAUGCUCAUUAACAAUUCAUUAAUGCUCAUUCAAUAGAAUUCAUGAUUUUCAUCAAUCUCAAUAGACGAUGUUUGAUACAUAUGCUCAUUUGAGACUGAUCAUAUGCUCAUUUUAUAAAUGUCAUAUCAAUCCAUUUUAAAAGUACUACGGAGUAUUUUAUAUUAGACUCCUAAUACUCAAUAUAAUAGGUCUGAUGCUCAUUAAAAGUUCAUUAUUACUCAUUCUCUAGAAGUUGUGAUUUUCAUCUCAAUAGUGGAGGUUGAUGCUCAAUUAAAAUGUCAUGAUGUUUAACUAACAAACCUUACCAUUUUCAUAUAAUAAGCAUUUAUAUAGGUCUGGUGCUCAUUAACAAUUCAUUAAUGCUCAUUUAAUAGAAUUCAUGAUUUUCAUCAAUCUCAAUAGACGAUGUUUGAUAAGUAUGAUUAUCUAAGACGGAUCAUAUGCUCAUUUUAUAAAUGUCAUAUCAAUCCAUUUUAAAAGUACUACAGAGUAUUUUAUAUUAGACUCCUAAUACUCAAUAUAAUAGGUCUGAUGCUCAUUAAAAGUUCAUUAUUACUCAUUCUCCAGAAGUCGUGAUUUUCAUCUCAAUAGUGGAGGUUGAUGCUCAAUUAAAAUGUCAUGAUGUUCAACUUACAAAGUACACAUUGAUAUGAAAAUCGCAAGAUUUUUUAAUUUAUGUUGGGUUAAUGGCCCAAGUCGAGGUCCGGCCCACUCACCCCUUCAACCAGACGUACAUCUACUUAGGGCACAGGUGGACGGCAGGCCCAUGUCCCUUCAAAUCAGACGAACGUCUGCAAUAGGGCUUAGGCCCAACGGCCCAUCUCAACGAGCGUCUAUGGAGGAACAAGGAGCAAAACCACGGACCAUCGGGGAUGACGACGAACGUCCCCAGAGCAAGCCUAUAGUCAUCGGAGGGAAUCCAGUCUACAUGGUGAGAAUCCAUCAAGGCCAAGAGGCGAGCAGCCGAUACCUCUUGAGGAUCACUUGGAGCGAUCCAGCUCGCUUCCCGGGCGGACGAACGUCCCCACUAUUUAGGCGGGAAACCUAGAUUCUGGCGGGAAGUGCAUUUAAUGCUGAAGAUUUGGUGGUUGGGACACCAGCGGUCCACAGGCUUCCACGUCAGCAUAGCCACUUGCCCAUUGGCGGGUAUAAAUAGAAGCAUUUAUGACAUUGUAAAGGGUUGGCAACUUUCUAUUCUUAGCACUCUAGCUAUAGCAUUCUUACUCGCAGCACUUCUACUGCCUUGUAAGACGAACGGCCGACGGAGCCUUAGCGAAAAGUAUUGUAUUAGGGAGUUAUUAAGAGAUAAUAAUACCUAGUCAAUUACUUGCUACUUCUUGUUCUCUUUAAUCCAUACCAUCUGCUUCUUGGGCUAGUUUACUCACACACACUCCAUUCGAAAUCCUUGGGCUUACGUGUUGGACCCGGGGGUUGAAGGAAUAAACCUCAACAAUUUAAUAUCACGAAAUUUUAAUUGAGCAUCAAAUAUCCGUUAUUGAGAUGAAAAUCAUGGUUUCAGGUAAAUGAGCAUUAAUGAACUGUUAAUGAGCAUCAAAUCUAUUAUGUUGAGUAUUAGAAGUCUAAUAUUCAGAAUCGUGAUCUUUGCUUCAUAACUUCUAAUUCACUUUCUUUUUGUUAUUUUUCCUUUUUAAAAACUUAUUAAAUUAUAUUUCUAAUCAACUCCUAUGAAAAUAGUACUUUAAAGCAAAUGCAUUGAUAUGACAUUUAGAAAAUGAGCAUAAGAUCAGUACCAGAUGAGCAUACGUAACUUACAAAAUAGUUUGAUUUGAAAAUCGUAAAGUUUGUUAGUUUGACAUAACAACAUAUUCAUAGAGAAUCAAACCUCAUCUAUUGAGAUGAAAAUCACAAUUUUUGUUAAAUGAGUAUUAAUAAACUUUUAAUGUGCAUCAGACAUGUUAUGAGUAUUAAAACACUUUCGAUGAGCAUCAGGCUUAUUAGGAACCUAACAAUAUAUAAUAAAAUUAUAAAUAUAUUUGUAUAAAUUAAUAGUAUGAUUCAUAGAUCAAAUAAAUACUUCAAAAAUAUGAAUUAGUCUUUUAAUAUAGUUACAAUGAGCAAAAGCAAAGAAUAGUUAAUAUUAACACAAUUGUAGUACGGAGUAUGAAAAUGUAUAGAAUAAGGAACAUCAAACAACAGAAUUUCUCAACCAGGCAAGAUGGCGAGAUGGAUGGGAGGCGGCAUGCUAUGUUCCAGUUCUAGGGAUCGAAUCCCGCUCACAUUUUAAUUUUUUUAAUGAAAGAAUCCAGUUCCCAAGUUCGAGUUUGGUAAUAAAAAACCGAUUUACUCAGUUUUAAAAAUCGGAUGUACGUACACCCGGUUGUACAAUAUAGGCAGACGGACCUAUAGCAAACCUCAUGGAGGCCAUUGCCCCUCCCAACUUUUUAUUUUUUCAUUACUAGCAUUACUUAUUUUAUUAUUGCCCCUCCCAAAUAUUUUAUUUUAGACUGCUACUUCACAUGAUACCAUCCGUUUUUAGCAUCAAGUCAUUAGACAUACGGUUGUUUACUUGUUUGCUAGUAAGGUGUAGUAAGCAUCUGGGUUUAUAUUAUAUGAGUAAAAUUAAAGGUUGCAAUUUAUGAACGUGUAUUUAACGAAUUCUUAAUUAUUUUAAAAAGUGCUAAGCUAGUAUGUAUUGUCUUAGUUUUGAGAUGAAAUUGAGAGCUUAAAAUAACUUAAUUUUCUUGUCAAAAAUCAUUUUAAGGCUCUUUAGUGUUCAUCUUAAACAUUUAAUCGUACAAACUUAUUUUAGAGUCCAGGUAUUAAACGAGUAGAGUGCUAAUUUACUCAUGUAUUUUUGGAGGUUUUAAUGAAUACUAAUACAUUAUUUAAUGUUUAUUGAAUUUGUAUUUGUAUGUUAUUAUUUUUUAAUUUAACCUCGGCCCCCUCUUCGAUCAUAUCCUGGCUCCGUCCCUGUAUCCAAUCAACAUUUUUUAAAUCCAUUUUGACUUUUUAUUAGCUUAACCCUCAUUUUAGCAACAUUAUACUACAUUCGUUUGAAUUAACUUAAUGAUAUCUAACCAACAUUUUUUGAAUAGAAAAGGCUUAUGUUAAUAUAUACGAAGUAUAUUCGAUUGAUGUUCUCAAGCCGGUCACAGGACAUGAGAUUAAACAUACAUCCAUUCGCCCUUAAAUGAUCACAAUGACUCACUAAUGAUGAAGCGGGUAAUAAGAACCAACUUACCUGAUUCUUGCCUGCUGCUAACAAUCAACACAAAACACACUUCAUAAUCAACGCAAAACUCACUCGAGUUCUGUCAUAUUCAAGUGACUCAAGUUCGUGAGACGGUUUGUGAGCCUUUGUGCAUAUACGACGCAUAUUUGAUAUGUGUGUGUGUUUGUAGGAGAGUUCAAAUAAAAAGUAUUGCUCCCGAACAAAGUGUGAACGAUUGCACUUUUUCCGUGCCGCAUUUUUUUAAUCAAUUAUAGUACAUCAUUUUGAGGUAUUUAAUCUGAAAAUGAAUGCACGAGAUUUGUUCUGUGAAGACCUCUUUGUAUUUGAACUUUUCCCAAUAAUUAUAAAGUAUAAUUUAUUGAUAUUAAAAUAAGGAUUAAAAAUGUUUGUGAAGGAGAAAGGAAGUACGAGUGAGAACGAUCAAGUACAAAUAUUAUACGUAGUACGUGGUACUCCGUAUUAUUUAUUUUGUGUGUGUAUAAAGGUAAUAUUAAUAAUUUGAAAAAUGUAAAUUUUAUUUUUAGCUGAAAUUCGAGCUUAAUUGAGUUAGAGCAUCAUAUUCCAGGUCAAACCUUUAAAAAUUAAUUAGCAAAACUUGAUCCAAGCUCGAACCGAGCCCGAGUUGAGCUUGAGUCAAGCUCGGUUCGAGUUGGAGUCCGAAUUAUUUAACUCGUCCAAGUUCAAGCUCGAAAUGGUGAAUUUUAAUCAAACUCAAACUCAAGCAUACUCAUGUUCGAGAUGGGCUAGACUCGUUUGCACCCCUAAGCUUAUAAAUCUACAUUGAAUAGACCAAACAAAUUAGGGAAACUAUAAUACAUAGUAAAAAUCUGACAUAGUGUGAUAACGAAAAAAACUAAAAAUAAAAACGUGCAAGAUAUCUAACCAACACUGUAAUCCGAGUCUGCUAAGUAUUCAUUUUUAAAAAAAUCUAAGUUCACCAUAGAAUUUAUCAAAUUUACAUAUGCUUUACUAAAAAACCACAGUUAUGAUUUGUGUGAUUAUUCGGAAUUCCAAUUUUUUUUUAACGAUUUAAACAAAUUUUAAUGGGAAAGUUUCUAAAAUGGGAUAAAAAACGUUUGUAAAUUCCAAAAUGGGACUGUCAUUUUUUAUUCCCAAAAUAGGAGUAAUUACUGUCAAGUUUAGAAAAUACUGUCAUGUUUAAAGUCUGGUACUGCCAAAACAUGACAGUAAUUAGUCCCAUUUUGGAAUUUACUAACGUUUUUAGUCCUAUUUAAGGUAAAUUCUCAAUUUUAAUUUGUAUUUGCACAUUUGUCUCAAAAUUAGAGUACAUAUGAUCGAAGUAUUAACCACUUGGGACAACUAACAGGGAAAAAUGGAAAAUAAAAUCAUACCCUCACAACAUAUAUAAAGAACAAUUACUAUCGGAGUCAGAGGACGUAGCUCAUCUGGUAGGAAGGUCCGAAGGAGGUGCCACAGGAGAGAAGUAUCAGGUUCAACUUCAAACAAUAUCUUGAGAUGAAGCCUCACUCCCUUUCCAUCAGAAUGAAAUUGAAACUCAAUUUAUAUCCUCCAAAUAACUGUUCGAUCUAUUCUGGGUAGUGUCUCUCAUGGUUGUAGGUGUCAUCCCUUUUUAUAAAGAACAAUUAGUGUAGGUCAAAACAAAUCCACUUUUUGGUCCCAGGAGGCCGCCCAACUUGCCCUCCCAGUGACCGCCACUAUGGAACGGCGUACGUGGCCUCCCU